AUUUUGGCAACUAAAAACAACCAGAAUUUUAAAUGACUUAUUGAUAAUGAGUUCAACUCACUUUUUCAUUCACUUUUAAAAAUAAAUCGUGGGUAGACUUUGCUCGGCAGCGGAAAACAGUGAAAAGAAAAAGAACACUAGCGGCGGCGACACUAGGCGUCAUUUAUUCGGGCCGAGGCGCCUUUUACUUAAGCACAGACACAGUACUCAUGUAUCUAUUUGCUAUGACAUAUUGUAUCGGCGCGUUUAUAAGCCGCCGCCGUGUGGAGAGGCCCUAAGAACUAAAGCGCAAUGAUACUGUUAGGUAGAAAUACAUUGAAGGUGGUUAGUAAUCAGCUUCGAUUAAUUAGAAGGUAUCUUUAUUCACCCAUCAGACAGCUGUAAAACCUACUAUCUAGAUGAGAUCUCAUUCAGAAACAAGUACCUAAAUCAUUAGCAAUAAACUUAAUAUCAAAAGUAAACUAUGGGUCGUAGGGUCGGGUUACACGAUACUGCAUUAGUUAAAUCAGCAAACAAGCCGCUAAUUCGGUUAACUGUAACCAGAUGGUAAUUGAACGAAAAAUAAACAAUGAGGGGGAUAAUCGGUGAGCAUGUUGGGGGUCGUGCCGUGGGUGGCUCAAUUAUGUAAUCACUAGCAAUGAGCGAAUUAUUCGCUAAGUGCACAAAGUACGUAGGUCAAUAUCAAGUAAUGUUUAUGUUUUGAGUACGGACUUCUUAGUUUCCUACGGUAGAAAGACCGUAUUACUAAUUUCUGGGACUGAUAAAUACGCACCAAAAUGCAUCAAAAGUGUAGAUACCACCGAUAUCCACUUGGAUUUUAUUAACAGCUUUUGAAUUUGAAACACCGUUUUUUUUACUAUCGGAAAGAUUCAAACUUACUCUAUCGGUAGUAUGUACCUAUAAUUUUUGAAUGUGUUUCGCAAUCGUAGAUGACGAUUAGUUCUUUAUCGGCUCUAUCCAAGUGAAAUAAUAAAUUCUGGCAUUUCUUUUAGAUGAUAAUGCUAUCAUGCGUUUUUUUAUACUUUCAUGCGUUGACUUUCUACUUAUUAAGGCUUUAAGAAGUUUGCCCUUUUAUCAGGCUCGAAUAUACCUACUAAUAUCUUGCAAAGGAGAUUUAGACAGCAGCCCAAGAAGUAAGUAACUAGCAACAAUGUUUCAGGCAGGACUUGAUAAUCAACAUCAAUUUAAGCUUCAGUUGAAUGAACUUGAAAAUUUCUCGGACAUAAACACACUGAUUAAACAUCUAAUUAAAAUAACAUUGACAAUAUUUAUGUAAAAAGUCAAUGAACUUAUUGACAUUGUGAACAUAAAGAUGUUGUUUACAUAAACUGUAGAUCAAACAUAAUCAAUAAUAAAUGCAUAAUAAUAGUUUUAUUUGAACAACGGUUCAUGUAGUGUGUCCGUGCAGAUAUUAUUGCGGGUUUUUAUUUGUUUUUGUAUAGUUUUUAACGUUUUAAUAUGUAUAUCAAAGUGCCAGAAGUACGGAGAUGUUGCUGCUGUUUCCCUUUACGGCAUGGGAUUAUGUUUUUCGGACUGAUUAACAUAAUAUUUUCCAUGGUAGCUGUGACAUGUCUAGUUAUAACUACAGAGUUAAAAAAGAAGAAUUUAAUAGAUGGCUCGUCUCUGGAAGUGGUGACGGCAACCAUUUUAUUCAGCAUCUUCGGGAUGGGCGUCAUUUUGAACCUCAUGCUCCUGGUGGCUGGUUGUCAGAAAGACAUCUUGAUGUUGCGCCUGUACUUAUACUAUGGUGUUGUCACGACUCUCGCGGCACUGGUCCCUACAUUCAUACUGCUGUCUAGGAUGAUGACAGGCGACGUUUGUGUGGCUUUGGCUGCUAUAUGUACUCAAUGGUACGUCAUCAUCUUAGUGAGGAGCGAGAUCAUGAAGUUGGAACAGGCCAGUAUCAGGUCAGAGGAAAGGCAGCAGGACCACGAACCUGCUGUUGAUGUACCAGACAGAGUGACAUUACUCUAGGAAUUAUAGAGCAAAGAGAAUGGACUUCGUACUAGAUGACUUACAGAUCAAGGAAAUAAAAUAUUUUGCAGUUUAAAACUUUUUGUUCUGGUUUCUUAAUACUCUAUGGUUAAGUACGUUUCUUUAUUACUAGCUGUUUUAUUUAAUUAAUUUUUAGUACAGGAAUUGCGUAAGGUGUCAGUGGGGAAGAUUAAAAAUAAAACACUUAAUUGUGAUUAAUCUUUUUAUUGCCCUUUUCACUUAGCUCAAUCUCAAGCUUAAUCAAAUCUACUAACAUUUUAUAGAGUUAUUCGUUAUUCGUGUGUGGCAGUAGGAAUUUGAGAACUUCGAAUCCCAUAAACUUUUCAACUUACAAUUACAAAAUAUACUCAAAGUAGCCGCUCUUUGUUCAAAGAUCACGCUCCCAGUAAUGAUGCCGUCAAAUUAUUAAAAAAAAUGUGCCAAAAUAUUUCCAAAUUUUCAUGUGGCGCACAGGUGGGUGCCCGCGGGUCUGCAAGUCGUGACUUACUCCGGCGGGGCCAUUGUCAGAGCCCCAUACUGUAAGGAUAACGUCGGCUUUGAAAACGGCGGCUCAUAUUGUGUUGUGACUACCCUAAAUUGCCAAUUACACUAAUAAUUGAGGCUAAAAGACACCGCAACACGAAUGUUUCGAUUUAAUGCGGAAGUAUUUAGUUGCGUGUUUGGGUACUAGAUCUUUUGGCAACUUGUUUCUCGGGAUUUUUUUAUUCUAAAAGAUCCUUUGAUUUAAUUUUUCUGAUUCUUAUACUUGCCUACUUAUUUCAAAUCUCGAAAUACAACAAAACAAAACUGUAUUUUUUUCAUGAACUUUAGUUUUGGUUAUGCCAUUAAACAUUGUAAAUAAGUGAGUAGGUAUGUUUUAUUCAAAUUGAUGCUUGUAUAAUUCCCGUUCCGUUGUUAUUACAGUAAUUUGCAAUGUUUUACGCUAAUAUUACAUGAAACAUGUAUUUAAAUGCCAUCUGGUAUUCGAAUGAGAAAAUUCUGGAAGCCACAAGUCUGUGGGCGGUGCUUCACGACGCUCACCAGAGACAAGUUUAAGGACGAAGUAAUUAAAUUAAAAGUAAAUAAUUAUUGUGUCGAUACAGGUGGAGUUGGGUUAUAGAAAAUGUAUUAACAUAAGUUAAUAGCUACAAGAAAAAAAAUGGUCUUAAUUUCUAAUUAACUAUUCUAACUUGGACUAUAUUCCCGAAUUCCUGGUCUUGGUUUCGUAAUGUAGGUACCUAAGUAGGUAUUAUGCGGGAUAAUUACGAUAUUUACAAUUCCUUUCGACUUUAAUG